AUGCCCCGGUUUGCCCAGCUAGUUGUCGGCCCGGCAGGCUGCGGAAAGUCAACAUAUUGUGCCACCAUGCAGGCUCAUUGUGAAACAAUCCACAGAACCGUGGACGUCAUCAAUCUGGAUCCUGCAGCUGAAUAUUUUGAGUAUACACCACUUGUGGACAUUCGUGAUCUCAUCCAUGUCAAUGACGUCAUGGAGGACGAAGAUAUUCAUUUAGGUCCGAAUGGGGGAUUGGUUUUCUGCAUGGAGUACCUAUGCCAAAAUUUGGAAUGGCUUGAUUCUGCUCUCGGUGACUGCGAAGGGGAUUACUUAUUGUUUGAUUGCCCAGGACAAAUCGAGCUGUUUUCACAUUUGCCCAUUAUUCCUCGCAUUGUUGAGCACUUGCAAAGGAAAUGGGAUUUCCGUUUCGUUACGGUCUUCAUUUUGGACGUCCGUUUUCUGGUCGAUUCCUCACAAUUCAUGGCCGGUUUACUCUCUGCUCUCUCAUCGAUGGUCUCGCUUGCUACGGCCCAUAUUAACAUCAUGUCGAAGUUAGACAUGUUAUCCCCUAGCAAGCGGAAUUGCGUGCUUGCCAGAUAUAUGAAUCCCGAUGUGAAUUUCCUGGUUCACUGUGAUGCUGAUGAGCUAGCUACUAAUUCCAUCGCGCCAUCAAGUUCCAAAUUGUCUCUUGCACUGGCUAAUUUAAUCGAACGAUACAGUUUUCCUCGGACACUCGGACUUUAUUUUAUCAAGGUGAUUGUUGUCUUCGUGAUAUCCUUGCUUGUGCUCUUGCUUGAAACUUCGAUCAGAUCUGCACAUCGAUUUCAGGCAACUUCUUACUUACUGCAAGAGACAGUUACACACGCAUUGGUUGGCAUCCUGUUCUGGCUCUUUUGUAUUCUGCAACUACCACACUGCAAGUUGGAUCCAUGGUACACAUUAGAGACAUGUUUCUGGGUCGCUUCGUUUUCUGUCUUUUUGGAUGUGGAUCAUUUUAUUUGCGCUAGGAGUUUCAGUUUACAGCGUGCUCGUGGCCUUCCUGGACGCCCGUUCAUGCACUGGUUCGGGUUAUAUGCCAUUAUUUACGCAUUCCUCGUUUUGACCCCUGGUAUCUGUUGGCUCGGAUUCCCCUGGUUGGGCACCAAAUUCUUACCACCCUUAUGGCUACUGUUCAUGGCUUUCUGCAGUCAUGUGCUUCGCGACGCUGGUCAUCGUGGGCUGUGGUUAUGGCCGCCACCAGACCGAAACACUUGGAUCGGCCCUGUUUCAAGGUCUCCUGAUAUGAUUGAAACGCCCCUUCUUCCUUUGUUCCCACUUUAUAUUUGCACCAUACCUUUGUUUGCCGUUCCUUUUGGACUUACGGCUGCUUUAUUUCAGUGGCGAACUUCUAAUUUUGCGCCGUUUCUACGCUUUAUAAGUUCAUGCGCUGCUCGGCCUUCUAGGUAUUGCCACCAAACACGUCAAAGCACAAAAGAAUUCGGUCUGAAUAUCCUUCUCAUUGAGCAUAGAGAGUAUUUCUUUGAUCGCCUACUCUCGGAGCUUAUACAUACCAGUGAUUUUUCACUUUCAGCCUCUGGUUAA